GGAAAUUUGAUGAUCAGCUGUUAAGAUAAUGUCAAGGACACAGACUGCUAAUUUGACCCACCUUUGAGUGAUCCUUCAGUGAAAGAUGGGGAAUUCAGAAAGCCAGUACAGCCUUCAGGGUACAAAAAGCCACACUAAUUCUACAUCUGGUACCAAGCAGAAGAAAAUUCGCAGCAUUCAUGGUAAAGAUGAGAAGUCCUGCUCUUUACAUGGAUGCAGUCACAGCACCAGUGGCAACAAUUACAAAUCCCGAUCAUUAGCCAGAAGCUGCCUUUCUCAUUUCAAGAACACACCGCCUUAUUCUUCAAGACUCAAUGACACAGUUUCUAAGAGCAGCAGCCAUGCCAAGCAUAGAACUCACACCUUGGGGACCUACAGCCAAGGGAGUAAUAAUGCAUUUUUGCCGGAGAAUGGUUUUCGCUACGUUGACUUUGAAGCUACAAGCACCCAUGUUGCUUCUAGGGAAUGUAAUGGGCACUUCUUAAAUUGCUAUGGGAAGAAGGAGAGCCCACCAUCUGAUGACAGAAUGAGUCCAAAAGUUCUCAUUAAGACACUGGGGAAGCUGGAUGGGUGUUUGAGGGUUGAAUUUCACAACAGCAGCAGCAACAGUACUGUCUCUAGAGAGGAAUCCAAUGGACCAGUUCAACUCUUACGGUACUCUCCUACUUCAGAGUUUGAAAAGAAUAAUGUGCUUGAAGCAAAGGAAACUUCUAGUGCUGACUAUGCUGAAAGCCAUCACCUGUCAGCCACUGACUCAAGACUUAGAUCCAGUAAAGGGAGCUCCAUUAGUUCAGAGUCUUCAUGGUAUGAUGCUCCAUGGGGCAAUAAUGGAGAUAUGAAUGAGCUGGAUGGGUCAUACAUCUCCAGGAGUACCCCAGAUGCAAGCAUCCAAGUUGGUUUUUCCCAGAAUGAUUGCAAGAAACCUUUGAACCAAAGCUCAUCUCUCUCUUCCCUCCGUGAUUUAUAUAGGGAUUCAAAUCUAAGAAGCUGCCAGACCUCCGAUAUUGGGCUUUCUGCAGAUUAUAUCAAUACCCAUGCCAGCUUAAGCAACCGUGUUUCAUUUGCCUCAGCCAUAGAUGUUCCUUCUAAUGUCGAGAACAGAGGACCUCCACAGUACUCUUCCUACACUCUUCCCUGCAGGAAAUCUACAACUCUUAAUGAGGAUGCCACAAAGAAGGAAACAUUAAAAAGCCGAAUGCGUCGGAUCAGUGAUUGGACAGGAAGCCUGUCGAGAAAGAAGAGGAAGCUACAGGAGCCAAAAUUCAAAGAUUCAAAUGAGUACUUUGAUACUGGAAUUGAAAGUCUUUCCCCAGACACUCUUGCUCCUUCACAUUUCUCUGGAUCUCUGUGGUCACCUGGCUCUGGCCAGAUCUUCCCCCAGAGAAGUGAAUCUGUUAAUGCAAUCAGCAGUGAUGCUCUGAGACAGAACAUUUAUGAGAAUUUCAUGCGGGAGCUUGACCUGAGCAGGACCAACAUUGAAAACACAGACACCUCCACAGAAACCGAGGACUCAAGCAGCGAGUCACUCAGCUCCUUGGAACAAUUAGAUUUGCUUUAUGAGAAAGAGCAAGGGGUUGUUCGCAAAGCUGGGUGGCUCUUCUUCAAGCCUCUUGUGACCCUACAGAAAGAGAAGAAGCUCGAGCUGGUUACCCGAAGGAAAUGGAAACAGUACUGGGUAACGCUAAAAGGAUGCACCCUGCUGUUUUAUGAGACUUAUGGGAGGAAUUCCAUGGAGCAGAACAGCUCACCUCGAUAUGCUCUGUUUGCAGAAGACAGUAUAGUGCAGUCUUGUCCAGAGCACCCCAAGAAGGAGAAUGUUUUCUGUCUCAGCAACUCUUUUGGAGAUGUCUACUUAUUCCAGGCUACAAGCCAGACUGACCUUGAAAAUUGGGUUACGGCAAUACACUCUGCUUCUGCUUCUCUCUUUGCAAAGAAACUUGGGAAAGAGGAUACAGUCAGAUUGCUGAAAAAUCAGACUAAAAGUCUUAUCCAAAAAAUUGACAUGGAUAGCAAGAUGAAAAAGAUGGCUGAGCUACAACUCUCAAUUGUUAGUGAUCCUAAAAACAGGAAAGCAAUUGAGAACCAGAUCCAACAGUGGGAGCAGAAUCUGGAGAAAUUUAACAUGGAUCUCUUCAGGAUGCGCUGUUAUCUAGCCAGCCUUCAAGGUGGGGAGUUACCAAAUCCAAAGAGUCUUUUGGCUGCCGCCAGUCGUCCUUCAAAAAUGGCGCUAGGAAGGCUUGGCAUCUUCUCGGUCUCAUCCUUUCAUGCACUGAUCUGCUCCAGGGAUGAGGCAGCUCUUAGGAAGCGAACACUGUCUCUGUCACAGAGGGUACGGAGCAAGAAGGGUUUAUUUUCCUCUCUGAAGGGACUGGACACUCUUGCAAGAAAGGCGAAGGAGAAAAGACCUUCGAUAACACAGAUUUUUGACUCAGCUGGAGGGCAUGGAUUUCCUGGAACACAGCUACCUCAGAAUUCCAGUAAUGCGACUGAGAAAGUAGAUGAGUUUCUAAACGUAUACUGCUCAGCUCCAGAAAGUACUGCAAAAGAAAAUACCUGGGACAUCCAAUCAUUUGUUCACUUUCCUGAUGGACAAGGAGUAAUGUUAACUCUUAAGCCAGAAUACAGAGUGGAUGAUGUUUUGGCUCUGGCAUGCAAGAUUAAACAGCUGGAACCAAGACAGUAUGGCUUACAACUUAGAAAGCGUAAUGAGGAAAAUAUGGAGCACUAUAUUCCUGAAGCAUAUGAUUUCAUACAAGACCAGAUAUACGAUGAAAUAGAAAUAUUUCCUUUAAGUGUCUACCAUGUCCAUCUUACAAAGAAUGAGGGUGUAACUGAUUUUGGAUUUGCAGUCACUGCCCAAGUUGAUGAACACCAGCGUCUCAGCCAUAUCUUUAUAAGCGAUGUUCUUCCUGACGGGAUGUCUUACAGAGAAGGAUUGCGUGUUGGCAAUGAAAUCUUGAUUAUAAAUGGAGAGUCUGUAUCUGAUCUUGACCUCAGGCAGAUGGAGCUAUUGUUCUCUGAGAAAAGUGUGAAGCUGACUUUGACUACAAAUCUCAACAGCAAUAAGAGUGCAUUAUGUGCUUCAUGGUCAGAUGGUGACAUUUCCAGGGAACCAAGAAACCUGUUGCCCCCUCCUAACCAGUCACAACUCCUGGAGGAAUUUCUGGAUAACUUCAAAAAGAAUACAGCAAAUGAUUUCAGCAAUGUGCCUGAUGUUACCGCAAGUCUGAAAAGAAGCAGCACAGAUGGCACUCUGGACCAGGUUACCCAGAAGGAGAGACUUGAAUUACCUUUCAGGAGCGCUGAACAGAUUUCAGCAUUGUGCCCGAAUUUCCAUGAGGCUCAGGUAAAUGGUAUGGAAGGAAUCAAGGAUAUUCCCCCUCUAAAGCCGCUGGCACGUCAGCUUACAGAUGCAGACCGACUUCGGAAGGUCAUCCAAGAGCUAAUGGACACAGAGAAAUCCUAUGUAAAGGAUCUGAGCUGCCUCUUUCAAUUAUACUUGGAGCCUCUUCAAAGUGAGACCUUCCUCACUCAAGAUGAAAUGGAGUCUUUGUUUGGCAGUCUGCCAGAGAUGCUGGAUUUUCAGAAGAUAUUUUUAGAGACCCUUGAAGAUGGAAUUUCCUCCUGCUCUGAUUUUAACAUGCUUGAAACCCCUUCUCAGUUCCGGAAACUGCUGUUCUCUUUGGGAGGUUCCUUCCUCUAUUAUGCUGAUCACUUCAAAUUAUACAGUGGAUUUUGUGCAAACCACAUCAAAGUACAGAAGGUUCUUGAAAGAGCCAAAACGGAUAAAGCUUUUAAGGCCUUUCUAGAGGCUCGCAACCCCACUAAACAGCAUUCUUCCACACUGGAGUCCUUCCUCAUCAAGCCAGUUCAGAGAGUGCUGAAAUACCCCCUGCUCCUGAAAGAGCUGGUAUCUCUGACAGACACUGAAAGUGAGGAGCAUUACCAUCUCACAGAAGCGCUGAAGGCAAUGGAGAAGGUGGCCAGUCACAUCAAUGAAAUGCAGAAGAUUUAUGAGGAUUAUGGAACAGUGUUUGACCAACUGGUUGCAGAUCAAAGUGGGACUGAGAAAGAGGUCACAGAACUUUCCAUGGGAGAACUUCUUUUGCACUCUACAGUUUCAUGGCUGAAUCCAUUCCCAUCAUUAGGCAAAACAAGAAAGGACCUGGAGCUCACAGUGUUUGUGUUCAAAAGGGCUGUCAUACUUGUGUAUAAAGAAAACUGCAAACUGAAAAAGAAAUUGACAACUAAUGUCCGUACUUCACAUAAUCAUGGUGACUUAGAUUUAUUUAAAUUUCGUUGGCUUAUUCCUUUAUCGGCUCUUCAGGUCCGACUGGGCAAUACAGCAGGAACAGAAAACAACUGCAUUUGGGAAUUGAUUCAUACAAAGUCAGAAUUAGAAGGAAGACCUGAAACAACCUUCCAGCUAUGUAGCAGUGAUUGUGAAAGCAAGACCAAUAUAGUCAAAGUGAUUCGUUCAAUUCUAAGAGAGAACUUCAGGCGUCAAAUAAAGUGUGACUCCCCUUUGGAGAAAGCAUAUAAAAAUCGCCUAGGUCUGCAUAAGAAUCGAAUUCCUGUUUCAGCAAAAUUGGCUUCUUCAAGAUCCUUGAAGUUACUGAAGAACUCUACCAGUAAUGAAUGGAACACUGAUGCAGGCAAAGGAAAUGAACUGGACUCUGAUGAAUGCAGCCUGAGCAGCAGUACUCCAAGUAGCAGCUGCCAUACCACUGACAGCAUCCUGGAAUCUAAAAAUUCAUCUCCUGUGAAGCAGCUGCAGAACUGUGCAUCAGAUUUUUCAAACAGUCCUGUCAAGGAAUCUGACAUACUAAGUGAUGAUGAGGAUGACUACCAGCACAUUGUAAGGAAAUGUAGCCCCACAAAAGACAUAGAAAUUCAGUUUCAGAGGCUGAAGAUCUCGGAGAAUGCUAGUGAUGAUACAGAGGAAAAAUACCCUCCCGAGAGAGAGAAUGGGGAUCGACAUAAAGCAGAACAACACCCUAAACUAGUCCGUGCACACUUUUGCCCUAUUAAGCGGAAGGUGAACAGUACAAUGCGUGAUAAAGGAACAUUACUGGCAAUGCAAGAACGGCACCAGUCUCUUGACAGUCAUCCUGAUGCUGCGUGUUUUGACCUGAAUUCUAUUUUAGAAAGGGAAUUCAGUGUACAAAGUUUAACUUCGGUGGUUAAUGAGGACUGCUUUUAUGAAACAGUAGACAGGCAUGGAAAGUCCUAGCUGCCUAAAAACUAUUUUCCCCACCCUCAAGAUAUGAUAUACAUAUUUUACUUAAACAGGUGAUUGUUGCACCUUGAAAAACUACUAACUAUUCAAUUUAAUGCACUACUGUGUCUUUCCACAGAAGUAGUUGUAAAGGCUUAAGUUAUUUUAAUUUAUUGUGGAGCAGAAAAAAUAGUUUAAGCUGCCCUGAAUUUACCGUUUCUGUAAACUAAUCUAUCCCUUAGGUAACAUUUUUAAAUUUUUGAAAAGGGGAAUAAAACAAUUGUGAUCUGCAUCUUUUUGAUGAGAGUCCAAGCAGUUUCAAUUGUUUGGGCAUUUAAGUUUCUUUUAAUUUUUUGCUUUAUUUAAAGCAGAAUUAAGUUAUUUUUAAUUCAUCAUAGAAAAAUUAAAGUUCUGCACUAUGUUGCACUAAGAUGUAAGAUGUUUAUACUUGAUUUUUAUAUG